AUGACUGACCCAAUCUCUGUUGUCACUGCCACCGCUGGCAUUCCGGGCAUAUUCAAGUCUUGCGUGGACUGUUUCCAGUAUGUCCGACUCGGUCAGCGCUUCGGGAAGGACUACGGCGUCUGCCUAGCGAAGCUAGAAGCCGCGCAUAUUCGCCUGACACGCUGGGGGGAGCCCCUCGGUCUUCUACAGGAUGAAGUCGAAGUACAAGGUCCCUUUACUGAUGAGGGCAUCAUUCGAGCAUAUGAAUUGCUUGCGCUGAUCAAGGUUACUUUUGAAGAAGCGCAAGAGGCCGCAGCCAAGUAUGCUGAUGGUAAGAGGAAGAAGGGCAAAGAUAAGGAGCUGGAGCUCCUUGACGAAGAGCAAAUAGGGCCAGGAAAAUCCAUCAAACUUCUCGUAGAAUCGCUCAAGUCCGUUGCUGAAGAGCGGCAAAGGAACCUCAGCUUGCCACGGAAGAUCACCUGGGCAUUGUACGGGAAGGACAGCUUCGACUCCUUGAUCGAAGAUAUUGUUACGCUUACUAGCGAGCUUGUGGACCUCUUCCCAUCGAAUGAGCAGAGGAUGAAAGAACUUUGCGAGGAGGAAGUCAGCAGCCUGAGCGAUGAAUGUAUCCUUGAACUCGACCGAGUACUCCAGAACGAUGACGAGAUGCUGAGCAAGACGAUUUGCGCCUAUGUCAAGUCACACCGACUCCAAUGUCGCAACAUCAACAUUGACGGGCAAGCAUUCACCCAAUUGGGGGACACACACGGCUUUGGAUCUGGCGUGAAGCCAGGCAACGUUAUUGUUGAUGGCAUGACUAUCAGAGGGAGUGGCUAUACUCAGGCGGGCCAUGUUUUUCAUGGGAGGCAAGGGGCAUGA